AUGGAAGAUAGUUUUCGAUCGCGUUUGCAGUCUGUGUUAGAAAGAACUGGUGAAGCUGCGUCAGAAUCGACGAAUACUUGGUACGAGCGUGUCAAAAGCUCACUUCCAUGGACGAAUGAUUACUCUGAAGUACCAACCAAUGCUAAUGGAAACUCAUAUUUUCAGAGUUCUGACUUCAGUCUGUCUCGUUGGGAGCGGUACAUGUUGUUUGGACUUUGCUUGUUAGGCAGCUUCGCUUGUUAUGCAAUUGCUUGUUUUAUGUUUCCGGUACUAAUUCUGAAGCCAAGAAGAUUUGUUUUACUGUGGACUAUGGGCAGUCUGUUAGCUGUCUUCGGCUUUGCAAUUCUUCUUGGAUUUAAAGCUCACUUUGAACAACUAAUAACGAAGGAACGACUACCGAUUACAUUAGGUUACUUUGCAAGUUUAGCGGCAACUGUUGUAUCUACAAUUUACUUAAAAUCGUCAAUUCUAAGUAUUGUCUUUGGAGCAAUUCAUAUACUAACAUUUAUCGCUUACUUAAUUGCUUUUUUCCCAUUUGGCACAAGAACAGUUUCGUUUGGAGCUAGAAUGGCCUCACGCUCUAUGUCCAACUGGCUGCCUUAG